AUGCUGCGCCGCCUUCCUCCCCUUAUCCGCUUCCCAGCACGCUCUUCCCUGCGCACGCAACACUACGCGACCUCGACGCCCACGCCCACCCCUCGUACAGCAUCUUCGCGGCUAGCCCGGGUGAACCGCCGGCUUCCACGAUUCCUCCACAAGUACACCUCUGCACUCUCGAAUGCGCCUCUCACCCACAUUACAUCCUUCCUCAUCCUGCACGAACUCACCGCCGUCAUCCCGCUAUUCAGUCUGGCAGCGUACUUUCACUAUACGCACUGGCUUCCCCCGUGGGUUGCAGAGGGUGCUUGGGCGGCCAGGGGAGUGGAGAGGUUUGGGCGGUAUUUUAGACGGAAGGGGUGGAUCAGGAGCGAGGAAGCUGCCGAGGCCAAGGUGGAGGUUGAGAAGCACAACGAAGCUGUCCCGGGUGAGAAUGAGGGCAAGGGUGGAUGGAGAAGAGUAGACAGAGCGUGGAAUAUGGGCGAGGGGGGAGUGAGGCUGGUGGUUGAGUUUGCGACGGCCUAUGCGAUUACCAAGAUGUUUCUGGUGCCGCGAAUCAUGUUCAGUGUAUGGGCCACGCCGUGGUUUGCCAGGUGGACUGUUGUUCCUGUUUUUGGGAGACUGAGGGGGCUGUUUAGGCGGAAAGGCAAAGCAUCUGGUAGCGGUGGGGCAGCAGGCACGGGGACUGUUGAGGGUGGCACAGUGCCAAAGGUGGGAACUGGGAAGAAGACAUGA